AUGUGGCCUCACGCUGGGGACAAGGUUCCUCACGCUGAGGACAAGCCUGCUCAAGGUGAAGACAAGAUACCUCACGCUAAAGACAAGGUAUCUCACACUGAGGACAAGGUUUCUCACGCUGAGGACAAGGUUCCUCACGCUGAGGACCGGUUCGUCACGCUGAGGACGGGGUUUCUCAGGCUGAGGUCAUGGUUCCUCACGAUGUGGGCAAGGUACCUCACACUGAGGACAAGCUCCUGACGAUGAGGACAAGGCUCCACACGCUUAUGACAAGGCACCUCACACUGAGGACAAGGUUCCUCAAGCUGAGGACGAGGUACUUCACGCUGAGGACAAGGUACGUCCCACUGAGGACAAGGUUCCUCACGAUGAGGACAAGGUACUUCUCACUGAGGACAAGGUUUCUCACGCUGAGGACAAGGUACCUCACGCUGAGGACAAGGUUCCUCGCGCUUAGGACAAGUCUUCUCACGCUGACGACAAGGUUCCUGACGCUGAGAACAAGGUUCCUCACGCUGAGGACAAGGUUGCUCACGCUGAGGAAAGGGUUCCUGACGCUGAGGACAAGGUUCCUGACGCUGAGGACAAGGUUCCUCGCGCUGAGAACAAGGCUUUUCACGCUGACGACAAGGUUCCUCACGCUGAGAACAAGUUUCCACGCUGAGGACAAGGUUCCUCGCGCUGAGAACAAGGCUUUUCACGCUGACGACAAGGUUCCUCACGCUGAGAACAAGUUUCCUCACGCUGAGGGCAAAGUUUCUCACGCUGAGGACAAGGUACCUCACACUGAGGGCAAGGUACGUCACACCCAGGACAAGGUUCCUCACGCAGAGGACAAGACUCGUCCCGCUGAGGACAAGGUUCCUCACGCUGAGGACAAGGUUCUGACGCUGAGAACAAGGUUCCUCAAGCUGAGGACAAGGUUCCUCACGAUGAGGACAAGGUACCUCACACCGUGGGCAAGGUAUUUCUCACUGAGGACAAGGUUCAUGAUGCUGAGGACAAGGUUCAUGACGCUAAGGACAAGGUUCCUCUAGCUGAGGACAAGGUACCUCGCACUGAGGACAAAGUACCUCACACUGAGGACAAGGUUCGUCAUGCUCAGGACAAGGUUCAUGACGGCGAGGACAAGGUUCCUCACGCUGAGGACAAGGUUCCUCACGCUGAGGACAAGGUUCGUCAUGCUCAGGACAAGGUUCAUGACACUGGCGAGGACAAGGUUCCUCACGCUGAGGACAAGGUUCCUCACGCUGAGGACAACGUUCCUCAGUGAGAAGGUACCUCACACUGAGGACAAGGUACCUCACACUGAGGACAAGGUUCCUCAAGCUGAGGACAAGGUUCCUCAAGCUGAGGACAAAGUACCUCACACUGAGGACAAUGUCCGGUACCUCAGGACCCUGAGGACAAGGAACCUCGCACGGAGGACAAGGCUCCUCACGCUGGGGAAAAGGUUUCUCACGCUGAGGACAAGGCUUCUCAAGCUGAAGACAAGAUAUCUCACACUGAGGACAAUGUACCUCACACUGUGGACAAGGUUCCUCACGCUGAGGACGGCGUUCGUCACGCUGAGGACAAGGUUUCUCAGGCUGAGGACAUGGUACCUCACGCUGUGGACAAGGUACAUCACACUGAGGUCAAGGUACCUCACACUGAGGACAAGGUUCCUCACGCUGAGGACAUGGUACCUCACGCUGAGGACAAGGCUGCUAACGCUGAGGACAAGGUUCCUCACGCAGAGAACAAGGUUCCUCACGCUGAAGACAAGGUACCUCACGCUGAGGACAAGGUUCAUCACGCUGAGGACAAGGUUCCUCACGCUGAGGACAAGGUUCCUCACAUUGAGGACAAGGUACCUCCCACUGAGAACAAGGCUCCUCACGCCCUGGACAAGGUUCGUCACGCUGAGGACAAGGUCCUCACGCUGAGGACAAGGUUCCUCAAUGAGGACAAGGUACCUCACCUGAUACAAUGGCUCCUCACGCCCUGGACAAGGUUCGUCACGCUGAGGACAAGGUCCUCACGCUGAGGACAAGGUUCCUCACGCUGAGGACAAAGGUUCCUCACGCUGAGGACAAGGUACACACGUGAGGACAAGGUUCCUUAAGCUGGGGACAAAGUUCCUCACGCUGAGGACAAGGUACCUCACACUGAGGACAAGGUACCUCACACUGAGGACAAGGGUACCUCACACUGAGGACAAGGUGUCACACUGAGGACAAGGUUCAUCACGCUGAGGACAAGGUUCCUCAAGUGCAAGGUAGCUCAAACUGAAGACAGGGUACCUCACACUGAGGACAAGGUUCUUCACGACCGGGAAAAGGUUCCUCACGCUGAAGGCAAGGUUCCUCACGCUGAGGACAAGGUUCUGACUCUGAGAACAAGGUUCCUCAAGGUGAGGACAAGGUUCCUCACGAUUAGGACAAGGUUCCUCACGCUGAAGGCAAGGUUCCUCACGCUGAGGACAAGGUUCUGACUCUGAGAACAAGGUUCCUCAAGGUGAGGACAAGGUUCCUCACGAUUAGGACAAGGUACCUCACACUGUGGGCAAGGUAUUUCUCACUGAGAACAAGGUUGUCAUGCUGAGGACAAGGUUCAUGACGGCGAGGACAAGGGUUCUCACGCUGAGGACAAGGUUCCUCACGGUGAGGACAAGUUACCUCACACAGGACAAGGUUCAUGACGGCGAGGACAAGGGUUCUCACGCUGAGGACAAGGUUCCUCAGGCUGAGGACAAGGUUCCUCACGGUGAGGACAAGUUACCUCACACUGAGGACAAGUUUCCUCAAGCUGAGGACAAGGUUCCUCAAGCUGAGGACAAAGUACCUCACACUGAGGACAACGUUCCUCAAACUGAGGACAAGGUUCCUCACGCUGACGACAAGUACCUCUCACUGCUAAGGACAAUGUUCCUCAAGCUGAGGACAAAGUACCUCACACUGAGGACAACGUUCCUCAAACUGAGGACAAGGUUCCUCACGCUGACGACAAGGCUCCCCAAGCUGACGACAAAGUACCUCACACUGAGGACAAGGUUCCUCAAGCUCAUCAGGAACCUGAGGACAGGGUACCUCGCACGGAGGACAAGGCUCCUCACGCUGGGGACAAGGUUCCUCACGCUGAGGACAAGCCUGCUCAAGGUGAAGACAAGAUACCUCACGCUGAAGACAAGGUACAACGUUCCUCAAGCUGA